AAUUUAAAUAUGUAAUUAUUAUUUGUUUGGUAAAUAAUUUAUUUUUAUUAAUAGAUCUCGGUAGAGUGUUUUUUUUGUUUUUUUUUUUGGGAGAAAAUAUUCGGGUAGAGUGCAGGUGCACUUUGCUUUGCGUAACCACUAGAUCAAUGUUGGUUCUGAUCGCAAUCCGACGGCUACAAAAGCAUCAUGUUUUCCAAGUUGAACCUCCCCAUUUUUGCUGGAUUUCUGUUUUUCUGGCGGGUGGUUUUUGGCGGGGUUGAAUUAGUUGCAGUAAAUUCCCAUCUGGUUUUCACAAUCCAGUUUCUGAAUUCCGAAGUAAAUGAGGUACGGAUUUCUAUACCAAGUUGGAAGAGAAAAAGGCUAGCUUGGAGAUCAAUAUAUCACAUGGUUCCCCAACAACAAAAAGGAGGAUUGGCAACUGGUGCAUUGCAGAGAUUGGCGUGCACAUUCUCAUCACGUUCCAAAACAGUCGGGACCAGUGGGACUACCAGCAGACUAAUUUUAGGAACCCCCCACGCCCUCAUUUGUACGAAUAUGCGCGGUCGGACCAACCAAAGCUUAUGCAUAUGCACCACUCUCUCAACUUGCCAAUUUUGUAAAUCCAUUCUAUUAUAAUUAUUAUUAUUUUUAUAUUUCUCUAACCUUUUCGAGUUAAUUCCUGUUUUCUACUGUUAAUUGGUUGCUUUUUUUUUCUUUUUUCUUUACCUUUUACUUUUUGUUUAAUCUGUAGAAAGAAUUGUACUUAUACGUCAUAUAUAUAUAUAUAUAUAUAUUAUAUUCUCUC